CCUUUUGUUAUUUAUCGCGGUCGGGGAAGAGGAGGAAGAAAAGCGGGAGAGAGGGCACUUUCCUCCUCUAAAACCGACCGGCCGAAGCCGCCGGUGCGCUGCAGCAGCUGACCCGGACGAACGGGCGGAGGAGGACUUUGAUGGGGAAACGCUUUUUCUCCCCUGAUGCAUCGUAAGUAACUUAAGUUGUUAUUUAUACUCCGCAAACAAACACGACAGUAUAACAUCUCCCAUCUCUGGAGCGCUGGAGGCCGCGGCGAGGGAUGAGAUCUGCCUUUCCCAAUUCGAGCAGGACACUUUUUCGCUCGUAAUUAAUUUUAUUUGAUUUUGAUUUUUUAAUUUUUCCAUGCUCCGCUCCUGGAGGGUCAUUUGAACUGUAAAGGAAUCGCCGAGGGGGCGAGGGGACCUGGAGAGAGAGGCUAUCCAAACGACUCCACCGAGGCUCCUCCGCCCCCUCCAAGAUGAUGCUUAGCCCGGACCAAGCUGCCGACUCCGACCACCCCUCCUCGGCGCCCUCCGACCCGGAGUCCCUGGGCGGCGCGGACGCUCAGGCGCUCAGCUGCUGCGUCUCCGACCCGGAGCCCGCCGAGGGAGGCGGCGGCGAGGGCCGGGGCGGCGGCGGCGGCGGCGGGGAGGGCCGCGGCGGGGGCCGGCCCGGGCUGCACCCGCCGCCGCUGAGCCGUGAGGAGAAGCGGCGGCGGCGCCGCGCCACCGCCAAGUACCGCUCGGCCCACGCCACGCGUGAGCGGAUCCGCGUGGAGGCCUUCAACCUGGCCUUCGCCGAGCUGCGCAAGCUGCUGCCCACCCUGCCCCCCGACAAGAAGCUCUCCAAGAUCGAGAUCCUGCGUCUCGCCAUCUGCUACAUCUCCUAUCUCAACCACGUGCUGGACGUGUAGCGCCCGACGGACGCCCGGAGCCCCGGGACCCCCAGUCCCGCCGCCCCGGGUCCGGCCGCGGCGGGCAGCGCCUUCCCCGGGGCGGGCGGCGGGACGGGGGGAGUCCCUGCUGCUUGUGCUCCCCCUGGUCGAGAGCCCGCUUUUGGAAGAGAAGUAUAAAACCGGAUUGUCUCUUCAGGCUGUCAAGUGCCCCUUUAUAUAUAUCCAAAAACAUCUACUUGUGACCUUAAACGUGUGACCCAUGGGUGCAGUUAAAAAUAACUAUUUUUUAUUUAUGGUAGAAGGAGUUGACAAUUUAUUUUUUUCAAGAUUUAUUUAUUUUUCAGAGUGGUGGCAAUUUUACUUUGGAUACUUCGUGCCAAUUGGUUUCUAUAGUCGGGUGUUUACACUUUCUCCUGUGGAAUAUUAUGUUUGACUUUAUGAGUGUUUGUUGGGAUCAAUACAGUGUUCAUUUUCUUUUCUUUUUAAUUUAUUUUUUCCUUCCAAUUCUAUUGCACUUGUGUACCACAAACCUCCCCUCCCUCCCUGUUUAUAAGUAUAUUUUAUAUAUGUCAAGGCAUUUGUUCUUGACCUUUUUUCUUUCUUUCCUUGUGUGGGAUCAACAACCACUAGCACUUAACUAGGAGAGGUUUUUUUUAAAAAAAACUUGUUGUUAUUCUGAUCUAUAGUUGCGUCUGAAAAGUACUUUGCAAAUCGUUUAUAAGGGAAGUAGUUUCUUUGUGGGUGUAUAUGUGCGUGUGCGUAUACAUGCAUGUGUGUGGGAGUGAGCGUGGGUGUGUAUGUGUGUGGUAUAUUUUUAGGAAAGGACAUUUUUUCCUAAAAAAAAAAAGAAAAAAAAAAAAGAAAGAAAAGUAAAUCCAGGACUGCUUUCCUUUGUGACAACCAAAAAAAUUCUAUAACCUGAAAAUGUUUCAUGUUCUUUGCUGUGAAUCUCUUAAAACAAGAAGCGCAUUUUAGGGACAAAAGAGAAAAAGAAAAAAAAACCCCACAUCUGCUAUCCAAAGAUUUUAGUCUUUUUCAGGGUUUUUUUGUGUGUCUAUGUUGCUUUAUAUAAUGCAAUAUUUUGUAGUGAAAAUAGAUAAAUCUGGUUUCUAUCUGAUGCGUUUUUCAUAUCUCUCAUGAAUGGUGAGCUGUUUUGCAUAUAAAUAAAAGUAUCAA